AGACGAGCAGUGUUCCUGUGCGUUAAAGGAGGUGUUGGCUCACAUGAGUGAAGCGACUAGAAGGAAAAGCGGAAUAGACAAUAGCCUACAUAUUCUUAAUCAUUCCUUUACAGCUGGAACUAGUGACAGAAGCUUCCCUUUACAAUAACCACCUGCAGAAAACAAUCACUAGUGCAUUUUUCCUGCAUGUGUCCAACAUGUGUCGAAUCUAAAAUAGACUUCUGUUGAAGAAACAAGGAUACCCAGGUCUGUCGCUGGAUGUGGACACCUUUUCUGUGUAAAUGCCUAAGAUUAUGAAUUUGUCGGUUUUAUUUUUAUUAAUUUUAAGGGGAAUGCCGCUCGGAGGUUCUCCCAGUGUUCAAAUUGGGGGACUCUUUCCAAGAGGCGCCGAUCAGGAGUACAGUGCUUUUCGGAUAGGAAUGGUUCAAUUUGGCACCGCCGAAUUCAGACUGACGCCCCACAUUGACAAUCUGGAAGUAGCCAACAGUUUCGCCGUCACAAAUUGUUUCUGCUCGCAGUUCUCCAGAGGAGUUUAUGCCAUCUUUGGAUUCUACGACAAGAAGUCGGUGAACACGAUCACGUCGUUCUGUGGGACGCUGCACGUGUCGUUCAUCACGCCCAGCUUCCCCCUGGACCUCAACCAGCAGUUCAUCAUCCAGAUGAGACCGGACAUCAAGGGUCCGCUGCUCAGCCUCAUAGAGUACUACAAGUGGGACAAGUUUGCGUACCUGUACGACAGCGACCGAGGACUGACCACUCUGCAGGUGGUCCUGGACACCGCGGCAGAGAGGAAGUGGCAGGUCACGGCCAUCAACGUGGGCAACCUGAAGGACGAGAAGAAGGACGAGGCAUACCGCUCGCUCUUCCAGGACCUGGAGAACAAGAAAGAGAGGAGGGUCAUCCUAGACUGUGAGCAGGACAAGGUCAAAGACAUCAUGGAGCAGGUCAUCACUAUUGGUCGACAUGUGAAAGGCUACCAUUACAUCAUUGCUAACUUGGGCUUCAUCGACGGAGACCUUUCAAAGAUCCAAUAUGGUGGAGCGAAUGUGUCUGGUUUCCAGAUAGUGGAUUUUGAUGAUCCAUUAGUGUCCAAGUUUGACCAGAGGUGGGAGGCUUUGGAGGAGAAGGAAUACCCUGGUGCUGACAGUAAGAUCAGGUACACGUCAGCUCUGACCUACGACGCGGUGCAGGUGAUGACCGAGGCGUUCCGCUACCUGCACAAGCAGCGCAUCGACAUCUCCAGGAGGGCCAACACGGGGGACUGCCUGGCCAACCCGGCCGUGCCCUGGGCGCAGGGCGUGGAGAUCGAGAGGGCGCUCAAACAGGUUCGCGUGGACGGGCUGACGGGCAACAUCCAGUUCGAUCAGCAUGGCAGGAGAGUCAACUAUUCUGUCAAUAUCAUGGAGCUGAAGAACAACGGCCCUGUUAAGAUUGGAUAUUGGAAUGAAGUCGACAAAAUGGCUGUCACAAAGUCUGACAUAUUCCCCAAUGAAACGACUGGAAUGGAAAACAAAACCGUCAUCGUGACCACGAUUUUGGAAGCCCCAUAUGUAAUGCUCAAGAAGAACGCUGACAAUUUUGUUGACAAUGAGAGAUAUGAGGGCUACUGUGUAGACCUAGCCGCAGAGAUAGCCAAGCACUGUGGUUUUAAAUACCAACUGAAAAUCGUGGGGGAUGGAAAAUAUGGAGCCAGAGAUGCAGAGACCAAAAUCUGGAAUGGGAUGGUGGGAGAACUUGUUUAUGGGAAAGCUGACAUCGCCGUGGCUCCUUUGACCAUCACCCUGGUGAGGGAGGAGGUGAUCGACUUCUCCAAGCCCUUCAUGAGUCUGGGCAUCUCCAUCAUGAUCAAGAAGCCCCAGAAGUCCAAGCCCGGGGUGUUCUCCUUCCUGGACCCCCUGGCCUACGAGAUCUGGAUGUGCAUCGUGUUCGCCUACAUUGGUGUGAGCGUGGUGCUCUUCCUGGUCAGCCGCUUCAGCCCGUACGAGUGGCACACCGAGGAGUACGAGGAUGGCCAGAUUCAGACUAAUGAGUCGACCAACGAGUUUGGGAUAUUCAAUAGUCUCUGGUUUUCCCUCGGCGCCUUCAUGAGGCAGGGCUGCGACAUAUCGCCCAGAUCCCUCUCUGGGCGCAUUGUCGGUGGGGUUUGGUGGUUCUUUACCUUGAUCAUAAUCUCGUCCUACACGGCCAACCUGGCUGCCUUUCUGACGGUGGAGAGGAUGGUGUCUCCCAUAGAGAGCGCCGAGGACCUGGCUAAGCAGAGUGAGAUAGCCUAUGGAACUCUAGACUCCGGCUCCACCAAAGAGUUUUUCAGGCGCUCCAAAAUCGCCCUCUUUGAUAAAAUGUGGACGUACAUGCGUAGCGCCGAGCCCUCGGUGUUUGUAAAAACCACCGCCGAGGGGGUGCUGAGGGUACGCAAGUCCAAGGGGAAGUACGCCUACCUGCUGGAGUCCACCAUGAACGAGUACAUCGAGCAGAGGAAGCCCUGCGACACCAUGAAGGUCGGAGGGAACCUGGACUCCAAGGGCUACGGCAUCGCCACUCCCAAAGGAUCCUCAUUAAGAACGCCAGUAAACCUUGCGGUAUUGAAACUCAGUGAGCAAGGAGUCUUAGACAAGCUGAAAAACAAAUGGUGGUACGAUAAAGGUGAAUGUGGAGCCAAGGAUUCUGGAAGUAAGGAGAAGACGAGCGCACUGAGCCUGAGCAACGUGGCCGGGGUCUUCUACAUUCUGGUCGGAGGGCUUGGGUUGGCCAUGCUGGUGGCUUUGAUAGAGUUCUGUUACAAGUCCAGAGCAGAGGCGAAACGCAUGAAGGUGACCUUCACGGACGCCAUGAGAAGUAAAGCUAGGCUGUCGAUAACGGGGAGUACGGGGGAGAAUGGCCGCGUAAUGUCUCCAGAGUUUCCAAAAGCAGUGCAUGCGGUACCAUAUGCGAGACCUGGCAUAGGGAUGAACGUCAGUUUGACAGAUCUCUCCUGAUCUAUUACUGCCUCUCGAGUGCCUUACAUUGGUUUCAAUAGAGCGUUUCUCUUUUAGUCUUUUUUUGUUGUCGUCGCAAAACCCAACCCUCUUUCCAGCGCUUUUUUCUCUCUCCGUCUGGUGAAAUGGAUUGAGGCGUUUAAUAUAUUUUGUUAAACGCUGUUUCCCAUCUCUCUCUCGCUCUCUUUUUCCCGCUAAACAAAAGACACCCUCUGAAAGGAAUAAAAUGAAAGAAUACAAAAGGAGGCAGUUUUUUUUAUUUAUGGCGAAAUCGUCAUUUCCUCUCUCUGGCUUGUCGGAGGCUUGAUUGACAGCAGCGGCUGCUUCUGGAACUUGUGUCAUCUGAACUGUGUACGCGUGUCGGUGUCGAGACAAAAUCGUCUGUUUCUGUAGCCACCAAGCCCAACAGUCUUAAGCACACUUUAGACUUAGUCUGCAUCGAGGUGUUCUGUUUCAAAUGUUCCGUUUCUAAUAAAAUUCAAGAAAAAUUAUGUUCAAAAAGUAUUUUUAUGUAUUUUCACAAAACUGCUUUUAAAGAUACCUGCUUACAUGCUAGUUGAAUAUAAACAUACUUAUUGUGUGAGUAUAUUGAAAGAAAAAAUAAUCUAAACAGCUCAUAGUUCCAUAUUUUUUAAGCCAAAUAUGUUGCUUAUGGAGGUGAAAUAUUUGAAUUAUGUAAUUUAUUACUCUUCUAAACUUAACUGUAUAUCUUAUUCUUUAACAUUUGAUGUUAAUAUGAAAUACUUAGCAAUGCUUGACAUCUGCAACCGGUCGUUCUACUAUGUUUAUACUUGUUGAAGUGGGUGCCGCAAUUUGUUUUAAGUUUGUCAUAGUUUGCUUUUUGAAAGUAUUUUAGCAGUUUAUAUUUGUCUGUCAAGAAUCAGGGUAGCAGCUAUUGUCAAGAUGAUGAAAAUCUUUUUUUCACUUUGAGACUGAACACAGUUUUGUGGUGUAUGAAUGCAUACAUUUUGCAGUCAAAGACUCAUAUUUACUCAUGGUCGAUUAUGGUUGUUUUAAAUGCCAAAUAAGAGUGCCAAAAUUUAGUGCCAGUAGAUAUGAAUAUAGUCCUAAUAAUACUAUUCACUGUCAACUAAAUGAAUGUAGAAAAUACAUUCUGCAAGUUUUGUAACUAGGUGUACAGUUUGGUGGCAAAGACAGUUCAAAAGCUUGUUUUGCUUUCUGUUGUCAUCUCCACGUGUUUUGCAUCGAUCUGACUGUAAAAUAGCACCGAUUGCAUGUUGUUACAGCAAAUUAGGAUGAGUUGAAUAUUGCCAAACAUGCGUUUCCAUUUUAAUGUUGAAGUUGUGAACUUAAAUGUCUGAGAUUGGAAAUAUAACAGUAUGCACAUAAACUAUAUAUAUUUUAUAUGAAAAGUAUAAACUAUCCUGUCAAAACAUUUACAACUCCCGUGUUACUAUUUGACAAUAACAUGCAGUACUAAUAAUGUGGGUCCAAUGAUGACUAAGUAAUUUCAAUAAUUGUUGGUCUGGUUAUUUUUGGAGGCAGACAAUGUACAUUUUUGGAUACUGCAAUUUCUAGUUGGUUUGUUAUUAACUUUAAGUCACCGGUCAUUGACAUGGAGCUCUUUUUUAGAGCAGACAUGAAAGGUUUUCAGAGAGGAAAUAGAUUAGGCCAACGUUAUCUCCCAGAGUUUACCUCCACUCAUGUUAAGUGAGGCACGGUGUACAAUGGCUUCUUUUUUGAGGGAGGGGGGGGGGUAAUAAAAAUGAUUCAAAAGUAUGUUAUACUAGUUAUGUUAUCAUCCCCAUUGCAUAACCAGUCAAUUCUCACUGACAUUUUGUAUAUGGAAUGUGUGCUAACUUGUUUAUUUUUUGGGACUCUUUCUAAAUAAAAGUGGCUAAACUUGUUA